AUGGCUGACUGUGAAGAUAUAUUAUAUGAUUGUCUCAAAACGGUUGCAGAGGAACAAAAUUAUGGUAACUAUACAAUAACCACAAAAGCUGUAUCUAGCGGUGGAGGAAACUACACCAGUGCUCUGUAUCUUGCUACUAUUCAAGCUCCAGGGAAAGAUGAUCUCAAGUUGUUCGCAAAAGUUGCUGGGGUUGGAGAAAAAAUGAGAGCAAUAGAACCUCACAAGAUCUACCAAACGGAAAGCCUUUUUUACAAUUAUAUACUUAAGAAAUACAAGGAAUUGGAGGAGAGAAAUAAUGUUCCCGCUGAAUAUAGAUUUGUGACUCCAAAAUACUAUGGUGGAUCUGAUGAAUAUUUAAAAGAAACCUUCAUUUUUGAUGACCUUACUGCUAAAGGCUUUAUGACGUAUGAUAGAUUCAAACCGAUAGAUUGGGAAUACGCUUCCAAAGGCUUAGAAAAUCUAGCAAGAUUCCACGCACUUUCAAUUGCUUUUUCCGUAGACGAGCCAGAAGAAUUUGAGGGUAUUAAUAUUUUCAAAGAUCACAGUGACAUUGAAAAAGUAGUACAUUUUUUAAAAAAUAUAAUUAAAAAUGCGGUUCAAGUCACGAGGGAAGAAAAUCGCGAUCGAUUUGCAAACUUUCUGAAUGCUUUCGUGGAUAAUAAUGACUUUAAUAAAUUUUGCCCACCUUUCCGACGACCGGUGAUUAACCAUGGCGACUACAGGUCCAGCAACUUGAUGCACAGAACUAAAGACGGAGUAUUGGAAUUGAUAUCAGUGGAUUACCAGAAGCUACAAAUAGGGAACCCGAUUGUUGAUAUCUUGUUCUUCAUUUUGAACGGUUCAGACAAGAAAUUCCGGGAUCAGUACUUCAAGAAGGCCUUUGAUUAUUACUACGAUGAGUUAUGUAAGGCUCUCAAGAGAUUUGGUCUUGAUCCGGAGGGAUUGUACUCGAGGGAGGAAUUCGACAUUGAAGUUCAAAAGGUACUUCCAUUGGGUCUGGUUCAAGCUACCUUCUGUUUGCUGAUAGUGACUGUUGAGACAGAUGAAGCUCCGCAGGUGAGCGAGGACAUCACCAUCGAAGACUUCGUUGUAAACCCAAACACUCUGUACGCGGAAAGACUUAAUGAUAUCGUUGACGAUUAUAUUAAAAUGGGAAUUAUUUGA